AUGUCAAGUCUGAGGAAAGAUCGAACAAAAGUGAUGUCGUUGGCAGUAGGCUCGUGGGUUUUGGGUCUUUCACUUGGUCCAGCAAUUCAG